AUGAAACGAAGUCUUAUUGAGAAUGACGAUCAAAAACUUGUUGAUGAAAGAAAUGAAGCAUCGUUACGAGUGAAAUCCGAACAAUUAUCAUCAAAGAAAUUUAAAGAAACUCCAUCUUUAGUUCUUGAUCAUUCAAUGAAAAAAGACUCAUCUCCGUUACUACGAACAAUAGAAACAACAACAACAGAUCACUCUCAUCUUUUACUUCCCGAAAUUAUUUUCAAAAUCAUGCAAUUUCUAGAUGAGAGAUCACGAUGUUUGAAUUGUCGAUUAAUAUGUUCUCAAUAUGAAGCUGCCUAUAUUGAACUAUCUAAAAUUGAACUAUUAGAGUUGUGGAAUCAAUUGAAUUCAUGUUGUCUUGUUCCACUCAAAGAAGAGGCUCCUUCACAAGAAGAGAUUGAAAAACUUGAAUUGUGUUUUAAUUUUAAACUUUCAUGGCAUUGGAAGACAUUCUUAUCACAAACCAACGGAAGACCAAAUUGGAAUUUAAAGCUUGUUCAUCCAAGUAAUAUAAUUUAUCCAAUUGAAGAAUGGGAUUAUUUAUCAAACAUUACUAGAGACCAUUUUGGUUUGGCAAAUAAGGAUGCUUGUAUUUGCAUUGGUAGAUUGUCUACUGAAAAGCUUUUAAUUAUGGAUAUAAUGACACAGGUACUAUAUUUAACGAAAGGAAUGAAUCAAUUCGAACAACUGGGACUACUUAAAACGUGGUUUUCAGAUCUCAGAAAAGCGAUUGCACCUAUUGGAGAGUUUGUUAGGAUUUAUGGUAUUUCUGAAUUGAAUGUAAAAUAUGCGAAAGAGUGUAACACUGUUGAGAGAGCUCUAGAAUUGAUUUCAAAGAAUCCAUUUUAUUAUACAGUGUUCAACAAGAAUCUCAAAUGCAACCUACAAAUUGUCAAGUCCAUGAUACCUUACCAUUCCAUGUUGCUCGACAUUUCAUUCAAAAAGAAUAAGGAAUUUAUAUUACAACACUUAAAUCAAUCCAUGAAUUUGUUUAUACAUGCCGUUCGUGAAUUGAAGCGAGAUGUCGACUUGCAGAACGCAUUUGUUUUCAUUGCUAAAAGAACCAAUAAUCAAUAUUUGAGUUUUUAUGUGAAUGCCAAUUUGAAUCAACCUGAAGAUUUAUUACAACAAUUGAUACAACCAAACGUGCAAGAUUUCUCCUAUGACUGA